CGUUCACCUCGGCCAGAACGCUUCAAUGAGGCGUUUCCUUUUCUUCAGCUUCCUCGCUAUUCUGGCGACGGUUGCUCUAGCCUGGACUAAAGAAGACUAUGAGGUAUUUGACCUCGUGAGCGCUCUAGAGGCAGCUGAAGGCAAAGGGACGACGUUCUAUUCCUACUUGGACGUGCCAUCCACUGCCUCAGUCGCUCAGAUUCAAAAGGCGUAUAGAAAGAAAAGCCUUCAGCUUCAUCCGGACAAGAAUCCAGGUGUUCCCAAGAUACAGGAAAAGUUUGCAAGGCUCGGUGUUAUUGCGAAUAUCCUUCGGACUCCUGAUGGACGAGAGCGGUACGAUUUCUUCUACAAGAACGGCGUGCCCAAAUGGCGAGGUACAGGCUAUUACUACUCGCGCUUCCGCCCCGGCCUCGGCACCGUACUCGUGUUCCUGAUCAUACUCACCUCUGGUCUACAAUAUGUCGUGCAACGGAUGAACUACUCCCGGGAUGUUGAGCGUAUCGAGCGCAUAAUCAGAGAUGCGAGGUUAUCGGCGUGGGGCCAAAAAAUGGUUCCGGUGGAAGGGAGGCGCAAAGUGAAAGUCAACCUUGGUGGAGGGUCACGCCUCAACGAGGAAGGAAAUGUUGUUCCUGGCAGGAUGAUUGACAUAAUCGUGGAGAAUGAUGAAGUCUACAUCUUGGAUCCCUCGGGCGAACUCCAUCUGCUCGACACGGACUCCGCCAUCUCACCUGCUGUCUCACGAACGUGGUUUGUUGCGCUCCUCAUUGGGGCGUUCCGUAGAGUGACGGGCCGUCAAACGGAUCGACAGGAUGAUGACGAAAAAUCCGAGGAAGAGGAAAUUCAGUUGGCCACGGACGUGUCGGACAGUUCAAGUAGCGGUCGUGUGACCCCAAGUGGAGCCAGCGAGGUGGAAGGGCCUACGUCUCUUAAAGCAGGUCAUGUGGCUGCAGCCAAGGCAGGGGGGAGGAGGCGUAAGGCAGUCAAAAAGCGGUGAAAACUUUGCGUCAUUAUUAUAGAAUUCUUUUACUUUGGGAUUCCCCUCUGAAAUCCGGGAAAUCGAGUCAACAUUUGCGUCGAUAAAUAGACGUUGGAGUAGAACGCAGGAC